UAAAACUCUCCGCUUAUUUGCGAACAUGAGUGUGUGGUCGCUGUUUUCUCUGUAGGUGAAACAACAACUAGGAGCAAGAGUUCAAACAUGGCAGGAGAAAAUUGGCCGUUGGAGAAGAAUUUUUCUUUUAAUCACCUUCCCUCAAAGACGCCGUCAUUCCUACAGGACCGAGACGUUUUAAAGCUCCUAAUGAAAUGGUCCAUGCUGGGGAGGAUUUCAGCUCAGUCCUACAGCUUUGACCAGUGCUUUUACCCCUACGACAGUGAGACAUUUGUACUGUCUUUCUUCAGAGAUCCCAACGUGGUAUCCACUCUGAGGAGGAUGGAGGCCGGAGCCUGGCUGCCCCUCGACAAGCCAGUGGUGUCCGUCGAUGUGGAGCCGGUGCAGUGCACGCAAGUCUCCAUGGAGCUGUUUGACCCGUUGUACUCUUGUGGGAUUGUGAGGGCCUCAGGACAUCUGGUUAAAUGCUUUCAUGAUGUUUACCCCGACUACAAUGAACUAAGACUGAUGUUGCACGAGGAGGACUCUGAGCAUUACCAUGUGGUCGGGAGAGAGGAGCGAGGGGAGUUUCUGUUCCGCCUCUUCAAGCACCUGUGUGUCGGGGGAGAGCUCUGUCAGUAUGAAGACAACAUAGAGCCUUACAUCAACACAACAAAGCAAAUCUACAAAGACCUGAUCAGUGUUCAGAAGGAUCCAGAGACAAAAAAGAUCAGCGUUGUCUCCACAGUCUUUAAAGUCUGUGCCUACGAUGACUCGGGACGAUGUUUUCCCCAAAGACGAGAGGAGGAGCAGACGUUCGCCUUUGCGAUUGUCGACCCCUUCAAGCGACACAUGACUUUGUUCUACCACUGCUACGGCGUAGGAAACAUGUGCACGUAGAAGCGGUUGAGCUGAGGAGUUGGAGACGUAUCCAGAAGCAAUGAAUUCCCCGGUUGAGUUUUAGUAGUUUUCUUCUAUUGAAGUUUGUCAAUGCAAUGCGGUUGAAAAGCCAUAAAAUGACUCUAUGCCUGAUUUUACAGGAUGUUCAGCAUGUUGUUUGUGAUUAAAAUAUUUAAAAAGA